GUGCUUUCCAGCCAGGGUCUAGACCGGAGAAGCGUCUGCAGAGCGCGAGCUUGAAGCGAGAGGGGGCGGAGGUAGAGAGAGCGGGAGAGAUAGAGGAGGAAGGGAGUCAGAGAGAGAGAGACGGGGAACAGUGACAGCGCUCAUCAGCCCCUGUACAGCCAGGACGGCUUGCAUCCGAGCAAUUGCUGUCAUUCGCAGUCGGAGUUUACAGCCUUUUGCACCGCCUUUUCUUUCGGUCUUUUUCGUCUUACUCACCCCCUCCCUCUGACCCGGUGCUGCCCAGCCCAAUCGACAACACCAUGGUUUCUAUAAUUUCAGACCUGGACCCCCUGAAAAGCUGGAACGUGUUAAGGCAAGAUGCCACUGACCUCUCCGGACCAAUACAAAGUAAUGGCACUCCUGGGAAGAUGAACGGGGCACUGGAGCAUUCGGACCAGCCUGACCCGGAUGCCAUUAAGAUGUUUGUUGGUCAGAUCCCGCGCUCCUGGUCAGAGAAGGAGCUCAAAGAACUAUUUGAGCCUUAUGGAGCAGUUUACCAGAUCAACAUUCUCCGAGACCGCAGCCAGAACCCUCCACAGAGCAAAGGCUGCUGUUUUGUCACGUUUUACACAAGGAAAGCUGCCCUUGAAGCCCAGAAUGCACUGCAUAACAUAAAGACCUUAACAGGGAUGCACCACCCUAUUCAAAUGAAACCUGCAGACAGUGAGAAGUCGAAUGCCGUGGAAGACAGGAAGUUGUUUAUUGGAAUGGUGUCAAAGAAGUGCAAUGAGAACGACAUUCGGGUCAUGUUCUCUGCGUUCGGACAGAUCGAGGAGUGCCGGAUCCUCCGAGGCCCAGACGGACUGAGUAGAGGAUGUGCGUUUGUCACGUUUUCAACACGAGCUAUGGCACAGAAUGCAAUCAAAGCCAUGCACCAGUCCCAGACUAUGGAGGGCUGCUCAUCUCCCAUAGUGGUGAAGUUUGCAGACACACAGAAGGACAAGGAGCAACGGCGUCUGCAGCAGCAGCUGGCACAGCAGAUGCAGCAGCUCAACAGUGCCACCACCUGGGGCAGUCUUACAGGCCUGGGGGGCCUCACUCCACAGUACCUGGCUUUGCUUCAGCAGGCCACAUCUUCUGGAAACCUUGGAGCCUUCAGUGGGAUCCAGCAGAUGGCCGGUAUGAGUGCGCUGCAGUUGCAGAAUCUGGCCACUUUAGCGGCGGCAGCAGCAGCAGCUCAAAACUCAGCCAGCCCUUCCACCGCAAACCCCCUGUCCUCCAGUGCGGCGUCCCUGGGAGCGUUGGCCAGCCCAGCAGGUACCACAGCCAGCUCCAACGCCGGCGCCAUGAACUCUCUGACCUCUCUGGGCACCCUGCAGGGCCUGGCAGGUGCCACAGUGGGCCUCAACAACAUUAAUGCACUAGCAGGUAGUGUCAAUAGUAUGGCGGCUCUAAAUGGAGGUCUGGGUGGUGCAGGGCUCACCAAUGGCACAGCGGGCACCAUGGAUGCGCUGACACAGGCCUACUCAGGGAUACAGCAGUACGCCGCUGCUGCACUGCCCACCCUCUACAGCCAAUCACUGCUGCAGCAACAAGGGGCCGCUGGCAGUCAGAAGGAGGGUCCUGAAGGCGCUAACCUGUUUAUCUACCACCUGCCGCAGGAGUUCGGGGACCAGGACAUUCUGCAGAUGUUUAUGCCUUUUGGAAAUGUGGUGUCUGCCAAAGUCUUUAUUGACAAACAGACAAACCUUAGCAAGUGCUUUGGCUUCGUCAGCUACGACAAUCCUGUGUCGGCACAGGCAGCCAUUCAGGCCAUGAACGGCUUCCAGAUCGGCAUGAAGAGGCUGAAAGUGCAGCUAAAGCGCUCCAAGAAUGACAGCAAACCGUACUGAUCUUAGAACUAGGGUGUAUCUGCUCCCCUGUUAGCACUGCUAGGAAACACCCAUCUCCAUGCCUGUUAGCUCAUCGUUUGCCUAGCAUGUCUUCGUGGCGUCCAAUAAAAAACACACAAAAACACACAAAAAAAAUUAAAACAAAAAACUCCCCCUACCCAAAAAGUGUCAUCGUCCUCCCCAUCUUUGUUUUUCUGAGCUCACCUGACCAUAUCCUGGUUCUACUCCUCUGCCACCGCCUACUGACUUUUUGAACUUUUAAACAUCUAUGGACUUGUGGUGUUUUUUGUUUUGUUUUUGUUUUUUGGUCUGUGAGGUUUUCAUCCAGGUCAUGGAUAGUAAUUAGUGUAGUUCUAAAGCCUAAAGACACUUCAGCUCUCAUAUCGACAAAGAGAGGAACCAUCUUUAAGUUUUAAAAUUAUGGUACAAUGCCUACUUUUAUUUGGAUUUUUACUUUCGUUUAUUUUUUUUUUAUGUUUUGUUGGAUGUGACCUCAUGUGUUGUGGGAGAGGCUUCAGGAAUUUGGGGGGAUGGGUGAACAAGAAUCAAUGUGAACAAAAAAAUCUAUUAUAAAGCUGCAUUCAUAUGAAGAAAGACUGAUAAUUUUUUAUGAAAACCCUGUGGCAAAGUUUUUCCAUUUCAAUGUCUUUAUUUUUUGCAUUUUGUGUUUGCCUAUUUUCUCUACUUCAUUUAAAAUAAACUUGAACACUCACUACAGGAAUUGGCGCGCGGCUUGAUUCUGCUGCAGAUGAGAAACGCAGUGCACAGGGCCAGAAGCUGUCUGCGCCACUUUCUUUAAGUAUUAAGACUACUUCCACAGUUUUGAAUAAAAAACUGAUCGAUUCUAGACUCUCUCAGAGUGCUCUAUCUCUCUAAUGGUUUUUACAUUUUUCAGGCAGUGUAAAGUUUUUUGAUAAGGCCAUUUUCAAGUGGCUCUGUUUCUCAUUCAAAGUCUAUAUAUAAGAACCACUUUUUCUAGAGUAGUUACAAAGGUUAAAUAAAAAAUGACAAAAAAGACAUUUGCCCUGUUUGGUGGGGGAGAUAUGCUACCUACUUGUGUCACCUUUUGCUGAACUGACUCACAGAUAGACAAUCCAUGGUUUAAAUGCACAUGAAGAAAAUGACCUAUAUUUUCUACUGUUAAAAUGUAUAGAGGAAAAAACAAAUAUGACGAUACCUGUAACCCAUGUUAAUGUUGGUGCUUCUUGUGAGUUUAGUUGUGGUUCCAUCCCAAGUCUGAUGGUCUUAAAUGUCUCAUGUUUUUCAAAGACUAAAAAAUCAGUUUACUUGAAGAAUAGACAAAGCCUUUCAUAUUACAAUAGUUUGUUUUUCUGUUAUUCUUUUUCAGGGGUCCCUAUUUGCUAAAAUUUGUUGUCAGUUAAUUAGCUCUAUAAAAUUCUUAAAAAUAUAUAUAAAUAUAAAUAUAUCUAUAUAUAUAUAUAUCUAUAUCUACAAUGUCAGCUUGUGAAGCAUCAAUGUCAUUAUGAUUUUUAUUUCUCUCGUGGGAAACAAUAUUAAAUGUGUUUUUGUUGUUCAGCAAAAUGUCUUAUAAAGAAAUAAAAAAGACAAGAUCCGUGGAGUUUAGUGCCAAAAUUCUGAAGGUACUUCCUGCCUAGCCGCGUCAGUGUAUUUCUUGUGAAAAUGAUUUGAUAACAUUGGUAUUUUAUUAUAAGUGUUUUGUAUGGAUCCCUCAUAUUUAAAGUAUAGAUUUAAAAAGAGUUUGUUAUCUUGCUAUUCUGUGGUCUUGUUGCCUGAAAAUGUCAUGUUUGCUUUUUUUCUUUGUAAAAAAUGUAAAGAAGUGCCCAUGUGUCACAUAUAUACAGUAUAUAUAUCUAUACACAGUUGGACACACAUGCAUACACUCUCUCUGUGCAGACCUCACAUUUUACUUAUUUGUUGCACGAAAGCCCCUGAGUUUUGCCUUCUCCAUAGCCACCGCUCUGCCCCCAAACCACUUCCCACACCAAAUGUCUGAUAUUUUCUUUAUCAAAAGCCUUACCACACAAAUCUUUGCACUCCUAGCUAUUUCUAUCAGUAUCUCAGUCAUACACACUUCAAUAUAUUGUUUUGAUUGUUUUCUUAGCAGCGCCGUCUCCGACUUUUCAUUUCAAAGAGGAGGUGAUAGUCAUACACAAAGCCUUAUUUCUUCAAAUCUUCUUAACCAUUUUGUGCAGUUCAGAGAUCAUUAUUUUCAUGUAUCAUCGCUUGGCUUUUUAUGAUGUAAGCACAGAGCAAGACAUUCACAAACUAGCCUUUUCUCUUUUGAGGAAAAAAGCACAUCUUUUUUCAGAGAUGCGAGUUUGUAGUUAAUAUACAGAUUCAGGACUUGUUUUUCAUAAUCAUAAAGUCUUGUGGGCCAAAAUGUUUUAGAUGCCAAAGCGUGUUACUGUUACUGACAUUCUCACGGUCAAGUCGUUUACAUGGCACAGUGUUGUCAAAGUUUAUUGUUUUUCCCCUUACUCCCUGAGAGCCUAUAGUUUAGUAGUCUGCAAAAAAAAAGAUGGCAGCAUUAUUUUCUACACAAAAUCUCACCAGUCGCCUUAAACCAGGGAGCGUCGCACCAGUAUUUUGGAAGACUAUUUUGUCAGAUUUGUGCCAAGUCCAGGGUCACCUUUUGUAUACUGUUUACUUCUCAUUUUGUCCGCCAUUUUGUGAGUAGAUUGGCCGAGUUGUAUGGAGGCUUGUGAUGGCUGAAAUUUUAGCUCCGGUGUGAAGGAUGCCCACUAGCUGUCUCUCAGGCUAACCGGGGUUAUUAGAAGCAGGGAUAUGUGGAGGGGGUUGUCUUAUUGGAAUAGCGACAGGGGAAAUAAAGCGUUGUUGGUCGGGAGUUGGAAGGGUCACAGGCAAGCAAAACAACAGGAGAGAUGAAGGCGUUUUCAUUAACUACUCAAAGACCAAACUCAAACUUCAGAUAGAAGAAUCAAGAGGAGAGACUUCAGCUGUUUUUUGUUUUUUUUUUGUUUUGUUUGUUUUUGUUUUUUUCUUAAAUGCAGUAUAUAGCAUGAGCAGUGCCACAGCCAUAUUACAAUAGCUGGAUAGUCCUAUUAAUGUCAAGGGACCAUUUUGCUAACCAGCACAUGCAGGUUUUGAACAUUGUAAAUCCGCUGCAAAUCGACUCAAUUGCACAUUUUGUCACUCUUGCACAAUCCGUAAUACAUGAUCAUUGUUAGUUUUGGAAAAUAUGAAGCACUAUUUUGUAUACUGUCAAAACCAGUCCCAAAAUAUUUUGUCAAAAUUGCCAAAUUUUCACCUUGUUGCAUGGCGUAGUGAGUGUGUCAAAGCAUGUGUUUGCAUUUAAAUGUUAAAGCACAAGAGGGCGGUAGCAAGUUCUAUGGAGCGGCUCACCUCAGGGGCUUUUGGUGCUUAUGCUUGUUGUAUCUUUCUAACUAAGUCACUGUUCACUUCUCUGUUUUUUUCUAAUUUCUUAAUUAUCUCAAGUGCUAUUUAUCAAACAAAGAAAAGGAACAAAAAAAAAGAUAUUUGUUGUUUCUUUGCAUUAUAGCUUAUGUCAAAGUUUUUUGAAGAAAAAAUGUGUUUUUUCAUUUUGUGUUGUAAAAUAAGCUUGUUGUCUAUUGAAAUGAUCUAAUUUCUUUGUUGUUUGAUUUUUAUUAUUGAUAAAGAGGUUUUCAGUAUAGUAACUGUCUUGAGAGAAGCCAAAGUCAAUGCAUUUAAGUGGAUCCUGUAAGCGUAUGAUGUAUGUUUGUUUGACAACUUCGGAAAUCUGUCACUGGAUGGUAUACUACAGUACAAAAAAUGCAGGCUUUCCUAUUUCUACAACUGAUUGUACUUAUGCAUUUUGUACCAGUGGAAUUUUUUUAUACUGGAGAUUAAAGGAUACAACAAAAAAAUGUAGAAAAAAUGCUCUUUUGGCCUCUCUGAUGAUGCGGCCAGACCUGACUUAGAGUUCUGAUUUCUCUAUAGCUGGCCUCCAGAACGUUGGCUUUUGAUAUUUACGAUUUUCUAGGUGAUCUUUGGCUUGAGUUCUUUCACGUCUUUUUCCUCACUUGUGUGUUUUGUUCUUUCUUUAGUUUUUUUUUCUUUCUUUCAUUCUUUUCUUUGUAUUAUUUAUUUUCUGAAAAAGCAGAGGGUAAGUGAGUGUCAAAUCUCUAUUUUUCUUUCUAGUUCUAGCAAGUUCGUCUAUACCAGAGCACUAUAAGCUUCAUUUGGACUUUCUGUAUCGUGCUGUCUACAUGAUAAGACAAUUCUUAGAAAAAGAAGGGUUAGAAAUAGUCUCCUUCAGUGGAUUAAUGUAUUAGUUUAAUAAAGAAAUCUACUAAUUUGAUUUUAGCUGGUUAGAUUUUCCAGUUUCUCUGUCCUCUGUGAAUUAACUGUGUAGCUAAAGCAGUCAGAAUUAUUUUUGUAAACGUAUGUUCUUGUGUGAUGCAGUUUUUUGCUUCUGUCUCCUAUAUUAAACCAUUUUUCCUAAUA